AUGAUUUUAGAAAUUUUCUAUAUUUUUUCUAAUUUCCUUAAUCAUUGUUGCAUAUUUCAUCUUUCACAACUACAGCAUAUUUCUUCAUACCAACUUAAUUUUAUCUACUUCACUUCAUUGUUAGUUCAUAUUUUGCAACCAUUUCUUCUUUUUUUGAGUAUUUUCUUAUAUUUUCACCAUAUAUAUUCUUCAUUUGCAAUAUUUCUUUUUUUUGAGCAUUUUCCUUCAUCUUCAUUCAACAUAUUCUUCAUUUUCUUAUAUUUCUUCUUUCUUGAGCAUUUUCCAUCAUCUUCAUUCUACCAUUUUCUUUCAUCUUCAUUUUACGUAUUCUUUAUUUGCAAUAUUUCUUCUUUUUUGAGCAUUUUCCUUCAUCUUCAUUAUACGUAUUCUUCAUUUUCCUAUAUUUCUUCUUUCUUGAAUAUUUUCCUUCACCUUCAUUCUACCAUUUUGCUUAAUCUUCAUUCUCCGUUUUCCUCUUCAUUUCCUUCUUCAUUUCUUCUUUCUCUUGGCAUUUUCCUUCAUCUUCAUUCUUUUCCUAUAUUAUUCUUUAUUUGCACAUUUUCUUUCAUCUUCAUUCUAUACUUCACAUAUUCUUCAUUUUCAUUCUAUUUUUCUUCUUCUCUCUUGAGCAUUUUCUUUUAUCUUCAUUCUAUGUAUUUUCUUUUUUUCUUUUUCUUGACAUUUUCCUUUAUCUUCAUUCUACAUAUUCUUUAUUUGCAAUAUUUUCUUUUUCUACUUUUUGAUCUUCAUUAUUCUUCAUUUUCCUUCUUCUUCUUUUUGACAUUUUCAUUCUUUUUUCUACAUAUUCUUUAUUUGCAAUAUUUCUUCUUUUUUGAGCAUUUUCUUUCAUCUUCAUUCUAUGUAUUCUUCAUUUCCUAUAUUUCUUCUUUCUUGAGGAUUUUCCUUCAUCUUCAUUCUACGUAUUCUUCAUUUUCCUAUAUUUCUUCUUUCUUGAGGAUUUUCUUUCAUCUUCAUUCUACGUUUGUAUUUUCUUCUUUUUUGUUUUCUUUCUUUCAUCUUUCUUUCCUUUCCUUCAUUUCUUCUUCUCCAUUUAAUGUUGUUCCUUCACCUAUCCUUUUUUUGUCUACUUUCCUUCAAUUUCAUAUCAUUCUUCAUCUUUUUUUCCUUCUUCUUACUUUAAUAUUUUUUAUUCAUUUAUUUCGUAAUUACUAUCAUAGCAUUUUUCUUCUCUCAUCUUUUCUUCUUCAUUUUAUUCAUAUUCCUUUGCCUCCAUUUUAUUUAUUUCUGCUUUUUCUUCUUUUUCUUCUGGGUCUCUUCUUUUUUACUCUCUUCUUUAGCCUUAUCUCUUUUUUCUUCUUCUUUUUGCUUAAAUUAUCAUUGUUGAUUUUCUUCUUCUUCUCCUUCUCCUUCUUCAUUUCAUUCACAUUCCUUCUCUUCUUAGGAUAUCUUCAUUUUUUAUUCUCUUCUUUAGCCUUAUUUCCUUUUUUCUUGUUUUUAUUUCUUAAAUCAUCAAUGUUGAUUUUCUUCUUCUUCUUCUUCAUUUCUUUCACAUUCCUUCUCCUCCUUUUUAUCACCUUCUUUUUUGAUUUUUCAUUCAUUCUUUGCUUCAUUCUUUGA